CGGGCUCUGCACUGCUGCAGGGGCCGCGGGCGUGCGGCCGCAGCUUCCUGCGGGAGAGGGCAGGGAAGACCGGAUGGCGUCUUUUAAACUGAAACCCUGCCUUCGUUUUCGGGCGGGAUGGCGCUCCCCUCCCCCAUCCCGAAGGCAGUUCCAUCCCCUGUGGAGGAUGCCUCCACGCUGGCUCGCCUCGGCCCCCCGCUGUUUUUUUCCGAAAGGUGCCUCCGGGGUCGGGACUUGGGAGUUUCCGCUAGUCGUCGGGGCCGGUGCGUGGCGCUGGGGUGGAGGCGGCUGGGUCUCGGUGGCUCCUGAGGGGCCCCUCCGGGCGUCUGGGCCCGGGACGCCCGUCGGUGCCACGCUGGCCCUCAGGCCCUGCCGGGUGGCAUCUUGACCCUCCGGCGGCGCGUCCCUUGACCGAUCUUGUAGCCUCAAUCUUCAGGCCUCGGUCCCGGCUAUAAGUCUCCAGCCAGUAUAGUGUAAGCCACUUGUUAGGGUGCUUAUAACUCCUUUUGGUCUUGUUUUUCAGUAGAACCAAGGGACACGAGUGAUUUGAGGCAGUUUAUCUCUUAGCAAAGAGAUAAAGCAAAGACUGACACUAAAUUGGACAUAUAGUGUCGGUUCUAGUUCAAGUUUUCCUGUGGCAUUUUUGUGUUUCAUUUCUUUUAAAAUCUGGAAAAUAUAUACUUGUUUCAAAAUGAAGGUGGAAAAGAGCGUGCUUUUAAAACUCUUUAGAAGAAAACUGUAGCUUUUUAUUGUAAGUGCUUGUCUUAUGUUUAUACCAAUUAGAAAGAGAAUAUUUACAUUGCAUGAAAGGCCUUAGAAAGGUUGAACUCUUUGAUGUGAGUGCUGACUGCCUAUUAUCUGUAGUGUGUUUUGUACUUAGACGUUUUUAUUGUUGAAAAAAAAUGACAGGUGGAAAGAUGCUGAUGAGAGUCUUGUAAGUUGCUUUUUAAAAAAAAAAUGUUUUGGAUGGCAUGAUUUUCUUUCUGUAAACGUAAAAUAUUUGUGUACCUUAGCAUGAGAAAAAUGUCUAGAUGUGUAUGCACCAAAAUGUUAACAUUGGUUUUUCUGGAUGAAUAGAUUCUAAGUGAUUCAAUUCAUUUUAAUUUUUUUCUAAUUUUACUGCAGUGACAUAUAUUACAUCUGUAGUUUGUUUUUAAGUGAGGAAGGGGAGUUGAGUUAAAAGGUGCAUGUGCAUGUUCAGAAUCUUCCCAGUGAAAGGAGGACUAGUGAGCAAAUGUGUAUGUGACAUACCUAAGUAAAAAAGCCAAACUUCUUCAUCAGGGCAGUUAUACAUACAAAAGGCACUUAAAAACAUUUGCUGAAAUGAAGGAUGGUUAGCAUUUUUGGUCUUGAGUGGGCAUUUUACCAUCUUGGCUUAAAGGAGGUCUGGUGAGCAUUUGGAUGUUGUUUAGCCCUAAGUAGGAGUCAAACAAUUCCUGAUCAAGGUGAUCCUAUUCCUUCCACCUGACAUCUGAAUCCAGGCCAGCUUAACAUUAAUUCUAAUGCCGUAGUUGGUUUCCUUUUCUUGUUUUUUUGAAAGAAUUUGAAGUGUUUAACAUGCUCGGUUGACAGUUUUCAGUGUUCUAUCUGAUACUUGUAGAACAUUUAGAACAUGAAGUGUAAAGGUUUUAGCUGUGUAAAUUCUGGAAGUGUACAAAAGGUAUUAGGAAUAAGUCUUGAGAUUUUAGUUUAUUACAUAAAUAGGAAAACAGCUUUUCUUUUUUUUAUUUUUUAAUGCACUUGAUGGGGGUGGGCUCAAGGAAUGCUAUUUGUGUUGUUAGGUGAGGCAUUAUAUAUAUUGAUACCAUUUCUGUAAAUCAUGGUUGUCAAUUUCUUUGGGUGAUUCCCUUCCCCUCCUCCCAACUGGUGGCUGAGUAAGAACUGGAAGCAAGACGUAACUUUCUGGUAUCAGUGAUUAGAAAUGAAGAUUUACUCACACAGUUAGUUGCUCAAAACCCAGAAGUCAGAAAACAUGCUUUUUCAUCUCUGGUUCUGCUACUUUGUUGACUUGACUUUCCCUGAGUUUGUUUUCUCAUCAGUAAUAUUGGAGUGGAUUUGAUAGUAUCCCUUCUAUGUACUUCACAGGAUUGUUGUGAAGAUCAAAUAAAAUAAGGAAAAUUUGCAAUAAACUCAGCAGCACUAUAAGUGUAGUAUAACAGCACAUGUAGUGCUGAUAUACCCAGAACUUAGUGAAACAGCAAAAAUAGUAUGUUCACCUCAAGUUCCUUACCACUAGAAAUGAGAUGGUCUUAGUAAUGAUGCCAAGUUCUACCUGCUAUAUAGUAUAUCACCGUGGUGAUAAGAAAAGCAGUUUAUAAGCUGGUAGAGAAGACUUCACGAUGCAUUUUUUUUCCUGACAUUCCUUACUUUCCCAAUGCUACAGUGGAAAGAACACUAAUCUGAAAUGGAGUAGGCAGUUCUGAUUCUGACACUAAGCUAUUACUUGAAUUGGGGUGAUCACUUUGUCUCCCUAUUUGUUUCCACAACUAAAAUAAAGGGAUUGAAAGCAUGGUCUUCAAAAUCAGUUAGAUCUUUGUUCAAAUCCCAGCCCUGUCACUUAUUAAGUAUUCCCCUGACUUAAAUCUAUGCCUCAGUUUCCUCAUCAGUAACAAAGGGUAAAGAAUAGCGAUUUUGAGAGUGUUGUGGAUUUUGCAAAUCAUAGGGUUAAAUAAAAUAAUGUACACAACAGCAUGGUACAUAAUUGGUGCUCAAAUGAUCAUUAUUAUACUUUAUUAAAUAAUCUAUAAGGAUUUAAACAGUUUAAAGUCUAAUUUGGAGUUGGCUUGCAUUAUAUUGGCUUUCACUGUGGCUAAAUAAAUUAAUGAGAUUUAUAUUCCUAUUUCGGUGUUAAGAUACAACUAUAGCUUUAGAAGAUAAAUUCAUUUCAAUGAAUUUGUACUUCACAGGAUACUUCACAUUUACAUAUAGUCACAUAUUUAUAGAUUUACACAAGUUUUAGUACUUAAUACAGUAUGUUCAAAAGAAUAUUGUACUUGAGUUAAUUCUGUAUAGCUUUCUAGUUGACUAAGAUCUGGUACCAUUAUAUUCAUUUUUUUAAAAAACUAAUUUUAUUUAUUGGGGCUGCAUUUGGUCUUUGUUGUUGCACACAGGCUUUUUCUAGUUGCAGCGAAUGGGGGCUACUCUUCGUUGCGGUGUGCCGGCUUCUCACUGCAGUGGCUUCUCUUGUUGUGGAGCAUGGGCUCUAGGCGCACAGGCUUCAGUAGUUGUGGCACGCGGGCUCAGUAGUUAUGGCUCGAGGGCUCAGCGCAGGCUCAGUAGUUGUGGCGCAUGGGCUUAGUCGCUCCACAGCAUGUGGUAUCUUCCCGGACCAGGGCUCGAACCCAUGUCCCCUGCAUUGGCAGGCAGAUUCUUAACCACUGUGCCACGAGGGAAGCCCACCAUUGUAUUCUUGUGUCUCAGAAAUGAACUACAUUUUUGCUCAUAAGACUUUUGUCAUGUUUUUUUCUACAGGCAUUUUUUUUUACCAUCUGUGAAAACUUCCUGUAAUUCAUUUUUCCUCACUCCAGUAUUAAGAAUUAUACCAAAUUAAAAAGAUAUGAAUGAAUAUCCUAAAAAAAGAAAAAGGAAGACUUUACACCCUUCUCGUUAUUCAGAUUCCUCUGGAAUAAGCAGAAUUGCAGAUGGAUUCAAUGGCAUUUUUUCUGAUCAUUGUUAUAGUGUUUGUUCUAUGAGACAACCAGACUUAAAAUAUUUUGACAACAAAGAUGAUGAUUCUGAUACAGAGACAUCAAAUGACUUGCCAAAAUUUACAGAUGGAAUCAAGGCCAGAAACAGAAAUCAAAACUACCUGGUUCCCAGUCCUGUACUUAGAAUUCUAGAUCACACUGCCUUUUCUACAGAAAAAUCUGCUGAUAUUGAAAUUUGUGAUGAAGAGUGCGACUCCCCUGAAUCAGUCAACCAGCAAACUCAGGAGGAGAGCCCUAUAGAAGUUCACACUGCUGAAGAUGUUCCAAUUGCUGCGGAAGUGCAUGCAAUUUCUGAAGAUUAUGAUAUAGAGACAGAAAACAAUUCCUCUGAGAGUCUCCAAGACCAAACUGAUGAAGAGCCACCAGCUAAACUUUGCAAAAUUCUUGACAAGAGCCAAGCUUUUAAUGUGACUGCCCAGCAGAAAUGGCCUUUACUGAGAGCUAAUAGCAGUGGCCUCUAUAAAUGUGAACUUUGUGAGUUCAACAGCAAAUAUUUUUCUGAUUUAAAGCAGCAUAUGAUCUUGAAGCAUAAGCGUACUGAUUCAAAUGUCUGUCGAGUAUGCAAAGAAAGUUUCUCUACCAACAUGCUCCUGAUCGAACAUGCCAAACUGCAUGAAGAGGAUCCCUACAUUUGUAAAUACUGUGAUUAUAAGACAGUAAUAUUUGAGAACCUCAGCCAGCACAUUGCAGACACCCAUUUUAGUGAUCACCUUUAUUGGUGUGAGCAGUGUGAUGUACAGUUCUCCUCAAGCAGUGAACUCUACCUACAUUUCCAGGAGCACAGCUGUGAUGAACAGUACUUGUGUCAGUUCUGUGAACAUGAAACGAAUGAUCCAGAAGACUUGCAUAGCCAUGUGGUAAAUGAGCAUGCAUGUAAAUUAAUAGAGUUAAGUGAUAAGUAUAACAAUGGAGAACAUGGACAGUACAGCCUCUUAAGCAAAAUUACAUUUGACAAAUGUAAAAACUUCUUUGUAUGUCAAGUAUGUGGGUUUCGGAGUAGACUUCAUACAAAUGUUAACAGGCAUGUUGCUAUUGAACAUACUAAAAUUUUUCCUCAUGUUUGUGAUGACUGUGGGAAAGGCUUUUCAAGCAUGCUAGAAUAUUGCAAACAUUUAAAUUCACAUUUAUCUGAAGGGAUUUAUUUAUGUCAAUAUUGUGAAUAUUCAACAGGACAGAUUGAAGAUCUUAAAAUUCAUCUAGAUUUCAAGCAUUCGGCUGAUUUACCUCAUAAAUGUAGUGACUGCUUAAUGAGGUUUGGAAAUGAAAGGGAAUUAAUAAGUCACCUUCCAGUCCAUGAGACAACUUGAUUGUUCUCUUUAACUUCCAUAAUGUUGAUGUAAAAUAAUAAAUUUGACUUUUUUGCAGAUGUUAAAAUGGAUGAUUUUAAACACAACUUAUGAGAACUGUCUUUAACAAGAUCUUUUUAAAUUUUUUUUCUUGGCAUUGCUACCUUUUUCAGUAUAUAAUUGUAUCCUAAAUGUGGUAUUUUCAAUGUAUUGUAGUUGGUAGUUUUAACCGCUUUUGGUGACUAUCGUCGUCUGGCAUGUUCUCUGAUUUCAUAAAUCGAUAAGAAAGAGAUGUACUGAAGAAAUUAGACUAUAGUUUUCCUUCCGUAAACAUAGGUGCUGUAAACUUUUUCUUCUUUAAACUCAAAACAAGAUCAGUUUUUCAUGUAUGAAGUCGUUAAAGUACUGUACUACCAGAACUAAAGUGCAACAUAAUAUGCACCUAAGUCCAGUGAUACUCCCAUUAAUAAGAUCCAGACCCUCCUUUUGCAUUCCCCAACAAUUAUUAUCCCCAAGGCAAUCAGUGAACUCCCCAUCUGUGUGAUUCUUUCAGUGACACUAGGAGGCCAGCGUUAUGGUAAGAAGGAGAGAUCUGGUUUUCUUGGCAGUCUUUUUUUAAUUCUCACUCUAUUUUAACCCCAUCUAUGUGCUAAAUAAUUUUAAAUGGGGAGAAACUGGUAAGGGGUUCGACAAUAAAGUAACAUUUCAUAACUCAUUUAUAAAUGAAUAAACAGGUUAUUUAUCAUCUGUUCACAUUUCAUUUACAGUUAUGCAACUGCAAAGUCAUGCCCGAACUUCUGAUAUCAAAUCAUUUUCUGAGAAAACCCACUGAAGUGUUAAAAUAGAAAUAGGAAGAUGUGGGAGAUAGGGGUUGCUGUAUGAAAAUGUAUAGAUUACUUUUGAUAGUGGUAAAUCAAUCUUCUAUAUUAGUUUCCUGUGGCUACCAUAACAAAUUAUCACAAACUGAGUGGCUUAAACAAUAGAAAUUUAUUGCCUCACAGUUCUAGAGGCUAGAAAUUCAAAAUUGAAAUAUUAGCAUAGUUGAUUCCUUCUGAGAGCUGUGAGAGAAGGAUCUGUUCCCCGCUGCUCUCCUUGGCUUGUACGUGGCUAUCUUCAUGUUCACAUCAUCUCCCUGAGUGCAAGUCUGUUUCCAACUUUGCCCCUUUUACAAGGAACCAGCCAGUAAUUGGAUUAGGGCCCACCCUGAUAACCUCAUUUUAACUUGAUAAAGACACUAUACCCAAAUAAGUUCAUAUUUUGAUGUACUGGGGCCCAGGACUUCAACAUAUGAACUGAGGGGAGUGAGGGAGAGGCACAACUACAAUUCAGUAACAGCUUUUUAUAGUAUCAAGGAGAUAGCAUUUUGUGCAUCAUUGACCUCAAAUAUAAUAAACACUGUCACUAACUAUAUUGUCAUUCAGAAAUAUUGAUGUAGUUGAAAAGACUGAUUUAUGACCCACAGUGUUUUUUUUUACUUCAAGACCCAUGGGAAUUGAGUCUGUUUUGAGAAUGGUGGCAGCAACAAGUUUUUCAAAACCAUUUUUAUUUCCACCAUUUUGUUAUAUAUGCAUACCUGUAUUCCUAAAAACUACCAUUCUAUCUGAUUAUCACAUUCCAGGUAGAGCUGUCUGAUGUAAAUAUUUCUUAGAAGAUUUAAAAUUAUAAUGAAAUUGUAAGAAAACAUUAGAAACCAUCUGGUCUACACCCUCUAGGUUUCUAAGUUUCUUACAGAAACAGAAACUUAGGGUUAUUAUUAGGCCAGGGUCCCAAAACCAGUUAUAGCAGACAGGAGUGGAAUCCAAGUUAUUUGGCUUCCAGUGUAGUUAUGUUUCCAUUACACCAUGUUACAUAAAAAUCUAAGAUUUGUCCUUGGGAUGUUUUUCAUAACUACGUAACCUAGCCAUUCAACUACCUUCUUGGUAAUUCUGUCUAUAAUUUUUUAAUAUACAUCCAGCUUCAGGAAUUUGAUUUUCAGGAAACAAACCUUAAAUAAAUAAUGCCUGGGUUUUUUUUUUUAAUUGUGUAUUUUACAGCUUUACUUUUGAUCAGGUGUUAGUAAUCAAAUUACAGAUUGUAAUGCAACUACUCCAGAGGUAUUAAAUCCAAGUUUUAGAACCAUAUAAUUUAGUGCUUUUUUGCUGAAUCUGCAGCUUGAGGCCACAUCUCACUGACAGUUUGUCCAAUAAAACCUUUUUGCUUUGACUCAGCUUUCAAAUAAGCCUAUGACUGACCAUAAAUUGCUGAGGUAGCAAGUCUAUAUUUUUAGCUAAAUGAACUUCUUUGGAAAAACAAACCUACUUAAAAAGAAAAUUUUCUAAUUGCUUCUAGAUUUUUUCUGUGCAAAGACAGACAUUUCCACUGUACUCUUGUGACUCGAGAAUACGUAACAGAUGGUGAUGUUUAUUAGCACUACAAUAGAAUUCUUGGCAGUAGUGAACAGUAGUGAUCUUUUUUUUUCAUCUUCACUUUGCAGUUCAUGUUAUUUGAAAAUGAUUGUGUGGUACUCAAAAGCUUGUAAAUUUGUAAAUUUCCUGCUUGUGAACUUGCCAGUUUUACCAUUUUAAAUCACCUUUCUCAUUCCUCUGAGUUUGUAUCAUCACAUAUUAACCAGUUUCUCUGUUUCACAGGGUCUGUAGCCUGUUAGGUGAUUGCUGAAUUAUUGGCAGGUGUAGCCAGUAGUGUUUUGUUUUUCCCCAAUAAACUAACACUAUUCCUAGUUUUUAAAUCUGAUUUUCAAAGCAUUGAAUUACUUAAUUCCUGGCAAUUUGCAGUUAAUCUUACUCAGCUUGUUCUCCCAGUCUUACCUUUUACAAGCAGGUUAAUAUACUCCCCAAACUUCUGUGAUUAAUUUUUGAUGGAAUUUUCAUGACUUAAAAGCACUGUAAGUGACAUAAAUUUGAAAAAGCUAAUAAAAAUCAAAUAGCCAUGGGAAUUCCCUGCCAGUCCAGUGGUUAGGACUCCAUGUGUCCACAGCAGGGGGCACGAGUGAGAUCCCUGGUGGGGAACAAAGAUGCCCCAAGACGUGCGGCACAGCCAAAAGAAAAAAAUACGUAUCAAAUAGCCACAAUCCUCUUGAGAAGCAGAUUGGCUUAAAAGGAUCAGUACUUUUUAUUUAAUUGAAAAUAAAUAGUUUAACUAACUGUAAAUCCCAACAGAGAAGCAAAUCUGGCUAGUUUUUCCCUACGAUUAACAGUCUCAUCCCUAUAAAUUAAAAAUGAACUUUUGAAUAUAUAUUCCUUUGUAACUCAAGUUCUGAUGACUGAAGAUAGAGUAUCUACAAGAAUUAUUCAUGGCAUUGAGUUUAUGGAUUUACAAAUAUACCUUAUAUUGGUUUAGCUUUCCAUAAAUUAAUCUCUUAAGACAACAGUCAAAUCUAAGAGAAAGAAAUGUGUAUGUACACUUAUGGUGUAAAAUAUAAAUUCACAAAGCUAAAAGUCACAUGUAAUUUACAUGUUUAUUACAUGAAGUUGUAUGCUCAAUUUGUAAGUUUAAAAAACAAAAUAUUAAUAGUCUGUUAGUUGCUUGGAGUCUACUUCAUACUAGUGAUUUGAAAAAUAAUUUUCUAUAUAAAGAUUUUUCCAUAUUAAAGCAUCACCACAACUUCCUUGUUAAGUUCAUUCUCCUUAGUAACCUUGGUAUUAAACUGGUAACUACCUGAACCCAAAAUAAAUCACAUUUAUGAAAAGUAAUUUCUUCACUGUAAAAAGAAACAAUUUUCUCACAUUGCUAAAUAGGAAUAUUGUGUCAUCUACUAGUCUUAAUCCCAUACUUUAAAAGGUAUGACUAUUUAGAUACUUUUUUAGGGGGAUUUUUGUUGUCACAACCUUUAAGUUUUUGUUUAUUUUGAGUUUUAAAUAGGCAAACAAAUAUGACCUGGAUAAUUUUUUUCUUGCUAAAAAUAUUGAGCUGAAUGAAUUACACAUUGAAAAAUUUAAUGAAAAGUAUGUUUUGAAUAAAAAAUGUUUUCUAGUUUUUAAAUAUCUUAUCCAGAUACUGUCCACUAUUGAAAAACAUUACAGUUGAAAUCAUUGAUACUUUUGCCCUUAUUCUUCAGAAUAAGCUGAGAUUAGGAAUUGGAAUCAUACCAAAAUAACACAGAAAUGUAAUUUCUGGUGGGUAGUGUUUUUUUGUUUUUGUUUUUUGUUUUUUGAUCCUCUGCCUAAAGACCAUUUACCAUGAUGUUUUGGAUUUUAGUUGGCUGAAAUCUGAGACUAUUGAAUUCUCUUUUCUUGCCUACCCUGCACAUUUUAUUUAGGGUUACCACUUCUCUGCUAUAGCAUUAUGUUUUUUUAAAAAACAUAUUGCUCGAACUGUAUUCUAUGACUGAUUACCCUCCUCUGUGCAACUCUUCCACACCUCAUUUGGAUUUUCAGAAAGUCUCAAAAGAUUAAAAUUUUCCCAAUUAGCAAGGUGAGAGUGGAUUUUUUUCCUUUAAUUCUUCCUUCUCUGUAUUCUCCAAACUGUUUAAAAUAACUUAAUCCUUUCAUACCAUAUACCCACCACAUCACUCGCUUCUAUACCCUGUAAAUAUUUUAUAAAUUUCUGUCUAACAGCAGUGCUGAAUUUAGAAAUUUUUAAAGCAUAAUAUCAUGGCACUUUUUUUUUGCGGGGGGCGGGGCAGGGAGGAGGCUGUGCAGCUCUUGCAGAAUCUUAGUUCCCCAACCGGGGAUUGAGCACAGGGGAUUGAGCACAGGCCACGGAGUAAAAGCACCAAGUCCUAACCACUGGACCGCCAGGAAAUUCCCUCAUGGCACUUCUUCCUUUAUGGUUACAAGAUUAUGGUUAAGUGCCUUGUGGCACUGAUCCAGUGUUCUUUAGUGAACAACUAAAUAGCUGAAGUAGAGAAACUAACACAAAAUGACAGUAUGUUAGUUUAGGAGGAACCUCAGAAAUCAGGAGGAACCUCAGAAAUCAUCUAAUCCAGACUCAUAAAGCGCACAACAUAUAAAAAUAUAUAUAGUACAUAGUUUUAUUUUCAUGGUUGUAAAUUAUAUGUUGUGAAAUGUAACAUCAGAUCUGAUUCAUGAAUAUUUUUACUUAAGACAGAACUUUUUUUUUUAAAGCAAACAGUUAAGGAAAAAGCAUGAAGUAAAUAAUGAUACAUGGACAUGGAAAAAAUUGAGCAGGUGAAACAUGAAUGACUGAAGUUUGAGAAUACAAAAUUCUGAUGUAAAUUUCUUGUUUAUAGCUUAGAAAAAUGCUUCUCUAACAUCAUUAGACAAAUGCUUUUUAAACUAGAAUAAACAGGACUUUAUAACUCUCUACCACUCUUCAAAGAAUUUUCUAUAGAAAAAGUGAAAAUGUGCCCUAUUUUUUCCAUGGAAUGUCAUACCAGACAAUUGAAGAGAGAAAAUAAUGUAAUAGAGAGUACUGGACCAUGGCAUGUGACUUUGUUUUCUAGUCUCUGUUUGCUAACCAUAAAUUGUGUGACUAACCAAGGACAAUGGAUGUAAUGUUACCAAAUUUUUCUUGCAGCUCCUUAAAAACUUCUGUUUCACUACUAGUCAGUUUAACAAACAGCUAUGGAAUAUCUCCUAUCAAGCCAUAUGCACAGGGAUACAAAGAUAAACUAUGGUUCUUGUCCUUAAAGAAAUUUAUUGUAUAGGGCAGGAAACUCUCCUCUGUCACCUUUCUGAACUCGAAUUCAGUUAAAUAUCAAGUUGAGUGCCUUCUGUGUUUCUAAGUAUUCACUUUGUAGAUAAUGCUACCAUAAACAUUCUUGUAUGUGUUAAGGUGUUUGUGGGUUUUUUUCUCUUUUUUCUGAGGGGGAGUGGGCUUUGUGUAUAUAUUUUUUUGUAUGCUUGUGAUUAAAUACCUCCAAAAUAUUAUCCAGAAUGGCUCAAGUUUACACGCCCAUCAGCUGAUCAUGUUUCCCUACAUCCUUAUCGAAGGUUUUAUACAACUUUUUAAUUUUGGUAAAUCUGAGGGGCCUAAAGUAGUAUGUUACUAUUGUUUGAAUUUGCAUUAUUUGAUUACUAAAAAGAUUGAAAAUAUCUUAAUAUGCUUAUGAGACAUUUUGGUUUCUCAUUUUGUGAAGUGCCUCUCCAUAGCUUGCAGGACCUUGGUUUGCAGAACAGGGAUUGGACCGGGGCCACGGCAGUGAAAGUGCUGAGUCCUAACUGCUGGACCGCCAAGGAAUUCCCCUUUGUUCACUUUUCUAUUGGGUUUUCUGGUUAAUUUUCAGAAGUUCUUUAAAAAUUUUAAAUAUUGGUUCUUAGUUGAUGAUAUACACAGCAAAAAAUAGAUUCCCAGAUUGCCAUCCAUCUGUUACUUAUGUCUUUUGUUGAACAGAAAUCGUUACAUUGGGACUUCUCUGGCAGUCCAAUGGUUAAGACUCCACGCUUUCAAUGCAGGGGGCACAGGUUCAAUCCCUGGUCGGGGAACUAAGAUCCCACAUGCUGCACGGUGAGGAAGGAAGGAAGGAAAGAAAAAGAGAGAAAGAGAAGAGAGAGAGGCGGGAGGGAGGAAGGGAGGGGGGAAAGAUCUAAUGUAGAUAGAUCCAUCACAUUUUACCUCACAGGAUGUGCUUUCUACAUUUUUUUUUUUUUUUUUUUUUUUUUUUUUUGCAGCACGUGGGCCUCUCACUGUUGUGGCCUCUCCCGUUGCGGAGCAUAGGCUCCGGACGCGUAGGCUCAGCGUCCAUGGUUCACGGGCCCAGCCGCUCCGCGGCAUGUGGGAUCUUCCCGGACCGGGGCACGAACCCGUGUCCCCUUCAUCGGCAGGCGGACUCUCAACCACUGCGCCACCAGGGAAGCCCUCUACAUCUUGUUAACAAACUGUUUUCCUACAUUUUCUCCUAGUAAUGUUCUGGUUGUACCUUUUGUGUUUAGGUCUGAGUUUCUUUGUGUGUAAGGAUAAUUCAAGUUUUAUUUUUGUUCAUUCAAGCGAGCUGAUUUUGUCAAUACUAUUUGUUAAAUAAUGCAUCUUCCCCCAGUGAUUCAUGAUACCAAUUUGAGCAUAUAUCUACUCCCCAUGGGCAUAAUUGGCAUAUGGAUCUGUGUCUGUACUCAUUAUAUUCCUGUUCCUGCAAUAGUAUCACAUGUUUUAACAGUUGCUUUAAACAUUAUAGCUUUCCAGUAUGUCUUAAUAUCAGGUAGUGUGAAUUUAUUCUCCCUGCUCUUCUUUUUUUUUUUUUAAAUUUAUUUAUUUAUUAUUUAUUUAUUUUUGGCUGUGUUGGGUCUUUGUUGCUGUACACGGGCUUUCUCUAGUUGCGGCGAGCAGGGACUACUCUUCAUUGCGGUGCAUGGGCUUCUCAUUGUGGUAGCUUCUCUUGUUACGGAGCAACGGCUCUAGGCGCAUGAGCUUCAGUAGUUGUGGCAUGCAGUCUCAGUAGUUGUGGCUCACGGUCUUAGUUGCUCCACGUCAUGUGGGAUCUUCCCGGACCAAGGCUCGAACCUGUGUCCCCUGCAUUGGCAGGUGGAUUCUUAAUCACUGCGCCACCAGGCAAGUCCUCUGCUCUUCUUUUGAGAACUGUUUUAGUUAUUGGUAGACUUUUUCUUCUUCUAUGUAAAUUUAGAAUUAGUUCCAAUUCCAUUUAAGUCUUGUUGGAAUUGCAUUAUAGUUAUGAUCAUUUUUGAGGGAAUCAACAUCUUUACAAUGUUAAAUCUUUUCUUUUGUAAACAUUGUAUAUUUCUCUAGUUACUUAGGUCUCUUUUAAUGUUCUUUUAAAUUUUUUCCAUAAAGGUUGUGUGCGGCUUUUGUUAAAUCAAUUCCUAGAUUCUUUACAGUUUUGGUUGCUUUGACAUGCUAUCUUAUUUUCUAAUUGGCUACUGCAUGUAUAGGAAAAUGUCUGAGUUUUGAAACAUGGAUUUUUGUAUACAGAAAUAAUGUUGUUUGGGUUUUAAUCUUUUUAGUUCUAAUAGCUGUCUUUGCUUAAUUUUUAAUGUAAAUAACCAUAUAAUCUGCCAUAAAUUAUAUAUUUGUCUCUUUACUUCCAGUCUGCGAGUCCAAAUGGCUCUUUUUUCUUAUCAUCGAAUUUGUCAGCACUUCCACUGCUAUAAGGUGUAGAAAUAGCAUUAGCAGGCUUUUUUUUUUUGUUCCUAGCCUUAGAUGUAAGACUCCUAAAGUUUCCCCAUUAAGUAUAUUUUCUGUAGGUUUUGAUAAGUAGCCUUUAGCAGUUUUCUUAGUUUUUUAAGACUUUUUAUUUUAAGUAGGUAUUAAACUUUAGCAAUGACUUUUUCUAUAGCUAUUGAGAUAAACAGGUGGGUUUUCUCCUUUAAGUCCGCGAAUACGAAUUCCAUUGGUUGAUUUUCUAAUGUUGAAUUAUCUUUGUAUUUUUAGGAAAACCCUACCUGUACAAAAUUUUUUUUCUAAUACAAUGUUGGAUUCAGUUAGGUAAUAUUUCACAUAGGAUGUUUGCCUUAUUCAUACGUGUGAUUUUCUUUACUGACACCUCCUAUCCAGUGUGGUAUCAAGGUUAUUCUAGUCUUAUAAGUGAGUUGGAGUGUUUUUUCUCUUUUUCUAUGCUCUGCAAAAACCUGUAUGAGAUAAUAUUAAUCUUUUCUUUAAAGAUUUGGUAAAAUGUUACCUCUAAAAUCAUCUAGGCUCUCUUUUUUUGUAUAUAUGGGAAUUGCCAUUUCAAUUUUUUGAAUGCUUAUUAGCUUAUUCAAGUUUUCUAUUUUUUCUCAGGCUAAUUUUGGUAUUUGAUGGUUUCCCAGAAAUUUUACACUUCAUCUGAGUUUUCAAGUUUAUUGGCAUUUAUGAUAUUUUGUAUCUAGAGUUAUUUCCCCUUUGGUUUGUAUCUUCCCUCACUUUUGACAUUCUUAAACAGAUUUGGCAGUGGUAUGUCAAAUUUAUAUGUUUUUUAAAUAAUUAAAUUUUACUUUUUGUUAAUCUCUG